UUUUGGCCUUGCUGAAGAUUUAUUAGUCAUUUUCAGAUAGCCAGGGAUGAGAUGGGUUGGGGCGUCGAUUGCAGCAAAUGCAUUAUCUUAAGUUACAUAGGUACCAAAAUAACACAAAGCCUUCAUUCUGAACACAAUCACUAGAAUUGUGUAACAUAUUUUAACAUUAAAAUAUGCAAUUUACUAUAAAACAUCACAGGUCCACUUGAGUCUUUUAGGAACAAAAGUUGCACUGGAGCUAAAAAAACUUGACAAAAACUUGCCUAUAGCACAUGUCAUUAAGGCGAUUUAUAAAAUGGCUUAGAUAAAUAAAGUGUGGUCCAGUGGUUAAAGAAAAGGGCUUGUAACCAGAAGGUUCCUGGUUCAAAUCCCACCUCAACCACUGACUCAUUGUGUGACCCUAUGCCGAUGCAUAGUUGACACACCCUCGUCUCUGUAAGUCGCCUUGGAUAAAGGCGUCUGCUAAAUAAACAAAUAAUAAAAAUAAUAAUAAGACCACAUGACCGUGCGGUAAGAAUUGUCUUACCACACAGCUGUGUCAUCAUAGACCAACUUAUCUGAUCUAUUAAUAUUACUACACCUUAAUAGAAACAAUUAUCUAAACAGUGUUUCUGUAGGUAAAAAUGUCAGCAUACAACUGAAACAGUAUUUAAAUCACCCAACAAACAAUGUUUUUUUCAUCUCUGUCACUAAGAAUUACAGUAAAAAUGGCAAAUAUACUGUGGUUUUUAGUUAGAUAGCUACAAUUUUGUAUUUACAGCAUGGGGGGAGGCUGUUUUAUUCACAAAAUGUCUCUAUAAAGUUGUUGCCGUCUUUAUACAACAGAGCAAUAUUCAUAAAAACAGACUUUAGUUCGAAUUUACAGAUUCUGUCUUAUGGCAGUCGGAUCACAGACUCCGGUUGCUUGAUUGUUUGAAGUUGAUUUUGGGAAAAACAACCAAUCAUGAAUACAAUUACACAAUCCAUUAUGCCAGUUUAGCAAUAGCAAUGCCUAGUCCGGUAGGCUCAAUGUAGCAGAAAAGCUUUGUUCAAGAAACUUCUCACGUCUGAAGAAAAGAACAAUGAGGCCCUCCAGCUGAGGCAGGAUAAAGUGCUCCCCAGAUGAUCUCUUCUAGAAACAGAUACUUCCCCAUUAUUUACAUGGCAAAGACUGCAGCUGUGAGAGUGAGUGGGGAGAGGGGCUGAGAAGUAAUGAGAUUAAAGAAAAGAGGAUGAGGAGUUAGAAAGUUCCUGUAGGUAUUAAGCAACAGCUGCCGCACUUCCUAUUUGAGAGGGAGCGGAGCUAACUCUUCUCCAGGAUGUAUCAUUCCAAAUUUUGGAAAUACUUCACAUGUGGCCUUCUCAGACAUCAAACUAAAGGAAAAUGUACAUAAAGUCUCAGAAGGUUUUCCAGGGGAUGAGAAGCGGAGCAGUGCUGGUGGGCUGGUUGGGAGUUGCCCUCACUCUGGUCUCCUACACCUCGGGAUUCUCACAUGGAGCCAACCCCUCUGCCUGUGCCGAUAUGAAGCCGAGACACAUCCGAGCUCAGCCCCACAAUCCCCACAACAACUACAUCACACUCCACACCGACAGAGCCUCCUACCUGCCAGGGGACGGGGUGCCUGUGGCGGUGAGGAGCAGUCGAAACUUCAUGGGGUUCCUGAUUCAAGCACGCCGUGUCACUGAUGAUCACAUCACGGGCUCCUUUGUUGUCUCUCCGCCCGGCUCCAAGCUGCUGAGCUGCCUGGAGGAGGGAGACACCGUGACCCACUCCGACAAGUCCCUGAAGAGAAACCUCUCCUUCGUGUGGAGGGCACCCGAUCAGCCCUCCGGAGACAUACGUUUCUUUAUAACAGUAGUGCAGUCGUACUUCAUUUACUGGGCACGGAUUGAGUCACCUAUUGUGCACGAUCAAACGCAGAGUAACUUUACCUCUGCAGACACCACAGAAGGAGGAGACAUAACCCAGGCAGCCACCACAACAACCACAGUUCAAUACCUCACACCUGGACUGAUAGUAACCAAACAUCCAACCCAAGACGUAGGAAAAGAGGAAACAGGAAAAUUCACCUCGGGAGCUCCUCUGAUUGGCCAGAGAGACGCCCCUGGUCCUCUCAACAACAGAACCCAGGAACCUUCAGUGAUUCCAGGGAAAGAGGAGAACUCCCCUCAAACACAGCUAGCAGGAAAGCUUCCUGAAUACCAGGCACAGGAAAGAACAGAAAACCAUAGUGCUAACGGUGUGAUUCAGCUGUGCAGGAACUGUGGUGAAGAUGGAGAUGCUAGCACCUUGAGUUCCAGUGUUGAAGAUUCUUUGUCAGCUGCCACACCUCCACCUACCACAGACUCGUCUCCAAUCCAGGAAGAUCUUAACCAGCAGGACAUGUCAAUGGUGGCUGGCAAACCCUCCCCAGCACCGAGGCAAUCUGGCACUGAUGUCGUGACACAAAGGUCCUCGGCAGACUUCCUUCAGCAGACAGAGAAGUGGGGGUCCAGGGAGCAGAAGGGUGUCAUAGUCAGAAACGCGAGUGCAGGAGGCGAAACGGGCCCUGCUGGGAAGGCCGGGACUCCAGGCCAGGGAGGGAAAGGCCCUAGGAAUGAACCCCAACUUGAUGCCGCUGAGCUGGGCAUCCUCCUAGGCUGCUCUGCUGCCUUGGGUAUGGCUCUGGCAGCUGGCUUGAGGUACCUUCAUGCUCAGUACUGCCACAAGCGAACUGAGGUGUCCUUCAGCGAGCAGGACAGCAACAUUAUCCACGUCCAAGAGAGUGGAGAACUGGUGCAAGUACGCAAGAUACGUGAAAACAGCUUUGUUCUGGUCCAGGCUGAAUACAAUGUGAUCACCCCUCCUGGGAAGUGACACUAUUUAGGGACCUCCAGAACAAAUAAUGUAUAAAUGCAGCUUAUUAGUGCAUAGAUUAACCUUGACCAUUUGGCUGUCUUUUGUCAAAAGAAAGAAAUGUGUUGCCCCUCAGUGUACUCUUUAUUGACUCUAAUAUUUAGUGGCUUACAUGUUUCAUGUUUAUUUACUUGCCUUAUACUGCACUUGUACUUAUUAGACAAAAGCUGUAAUAGUAAUUAUUAUUAUUGUUGCCAUAUAUUUGGUGCUGUUUUGGUUGUCAGUUUUUCUAUAAACGUUCAAAUAAUGUUUGUUUGUCUAAUAAAACUACACAAAAUGUUACU